AUGGGCUCAAUCGCAUCGGUGCUGCAAUGGCAUUGUCAGGCGUGCGGUCAAAUCAAUCCUACGGAGAGUGUAAAGUGUUUAAAAUGUGGUACAAAGAGAAUAUCUGGUCAUGACAGUGAUAUACAAAAACGAUAUUACACCGGUGAUUCUUCUUCGGAAUACGCUUCGCGGACGGAAAAAAGCGGUGGAACAACUCCUGGCUCGGAGGCCAUCGUUAUACCGACAACAAACAAUUUCAAUAGCGGAUGGUCGUGUGUGGGGUCAGCGCCGUUGGCGAGCCGCGCGUGGCGUUGCGGCUGCGGCCUACGGAACGUGUCCGCCUCGUGGCGGUGUGCAGCGUGCGACAAGAUCGCUUCCCAUGCGCCUGUUUACAGAUUGUCUGAUGACGAGGAACAAUCUUCAGGGAUGACUGACAAGGAUAAGUCUGACCAAGACCACAGCAUGAUAAGAUCGAACACUCUAGCUGUACCUUCAUAUAAACCUUCGUCAAGUUAUUCUGGUGGUCGUCCUUUGAAUCUUGAUGUGCAAUCUCUGCGUUUGUCCCCUACUCAGAUCACUGACCAUGCUCAUGGAGUCACUCGGUCUCUGUCCCACGGUUCAGUGAUUAAUUUUCAGCAGAAAUGGUGGAAUGUUGAUGAAACCAGGGGAACUAUCAAUAGGCCAACUAGUCUGUUAGUCUCAGAACGAUAUGGCACUUCUUCGUAUCACCCAAGAGAGUCGUUCCUGAGAAGUCUCCACACGGUUACAAGAAGACCGAAGAAGUGUAAUGAAAGCAAGUCAAACUGGGAGUUGAAUUAUGUGAAAGAGUACCAAAGAGAGCAGAGCAGAGGUCUCCAUAUGAAGAAGUGGGCCUGCAGCAAGUGUACUCUGGAAAAUUCGGGCAUCAGAACCCAUUGUGAAGCUUGUUUGUCGCCCAGAAUAUCACCGCUCUCAAGGAUUUCGAAUACACGAGGUCUAAGUGUGACGACUUUGGGCAGACAUGAAACACUUAGUGGUCGGGAUGGAGCGACAUCUCUGCCCUCGUCUGGUGGUAUUAUGAUAACUGUACCGGAUUGGCCCCAAACUGCCACUACUUUAGGAGACUCCUUCCAAAGGUCAAUAAGUGCUCAAAACUCACCGGAAACCAGACCCACUUACCGGCGAUCGUUUUCAGAACAAACAAACGAAAAUCGACCCGUCGGUAAAGUUAUAUCGAGUAGGCGAAGUUUGAAUGAUUACCAAAAGUCAUUAGCAAGUUAUUGUGGGACGUUAACUAAACCAGAAGAGAGGGACAGGGUUAGUGAUAAAAAGGAGGAAAGUGUUGAAUUAAACGACAAAGAAUGUAGUUGGGAUACGAAUGCAGAGGGUGUUAUAUACGCUUUACCCAAUAAGGGUAAAUAUAAGGAUUUAAACCUUCAGUUGCAAGUAAACAACAAUGGUACGAGAUACUCCUACGUGUCCGUCCAAGAUACGAAAACGGUGAUGAGCAAUUCCCAAAACGAGGUGGUCUAUUCUAAUGAUAUAGGGGAUGGUGAUUAUGCAAGGAUAGAUGAAUUGUUGGGAGCGGAAAAUUGUAUUUCACCAGUGGGUGAGAGUAACAUACGGACUUCCCAUAUAGGGAAGGAGUCGGGAAAAGUGUUUAAUAUGCUGCCAUCUAUUGGCAAAGUGUCGCAUAAUCCUCGGGAGCCGUCUAAAGUGCCUUCAAUCCAGCUGACGCGUGAAGCGUCAGCCCGCAUGUGGCAGUGCAGCGAGUGUUGGUUCGCGUACAACGCGUGGGGCGCGCGCUGUGACGUGUGUCGGAGCGCUAGGCCUCCGCACGCGGUUACGCUCGCGCCGCCGCCUGAGAGAGAACCCAGGAGCAGAAAUAAUUCAUCAUCGGAAGCGAGUGGUCCCAAACCGGAAUCUAAUAGAAAUGAGCCUCCGAAGAAGUUGACAGUUCCCAUCGCGUCGCUCGACCACGAUCUAAACAGCGACGAAUUGUUGUUUGCUGUUGAUUCUACCCCUCCACCAGUGCAAGAAACAACGUGGACGUGUUCACGCUGCACGCUCGUCAACGAGGCGUCGGUGGCGGCGUGCGCGGCCUGCGCGGGCUCGCGGCCCGCCGCGCACGCCUACUGGUCGUGCAGUUCGUGCACGCUGCGCAACCCGCUGUCGGCGGGCUUGUGCCUCGCGUGCAAGACGCCGCCCGUGCCCAAGCACGGCGUGCCGGGCUCCUCUACUGAAGCUAAUUUAGGGGCUGCGAGUCGCAGUCCGUCGCGCCACACGCCGGCGCCGAGACGGGUCUCACGACAUAAAACACCGCCUCCGGAACAUAAGGCGGAGGGCGCGGACUGGCCGUGCUCGGAGUGCACAUACGUGAACGCGGGCGGCGCGCUGGCCUGCGACAUGUGCGCGUCGCCGCGCGCGCGCCUGCUGCCCGCCGCGCCCGCGCCGCCGCGCCUCGACGACGACGACGAGCCGGAAGGGUCAGAUGGUGAGCGCCAAGAGAGCACUCCCAUGGAGAUAUUGAGGCUGCGCGAGGAAAGCCAUGCUUGGACGCAGUGGCAGGAGGUUCUCGCUCAGUGCGCUGCGACAGGUGACAUGUACGUGGACGACUCGUUCCCCGCGUCGCCCCGCUCGCUGUACUACUCGGGCGCGGGCGACGCGGGCGCGGGCGCGGGCGCGGCGGCGCGCUGGCUGCGCCCGCAGCACAUACACGUGGACGCCGACCCCCGCCUGCCCUGGGUGGUGUUCCGGGAUCCGAGACCCUCCGAUAUAUCGCAGGGUGUCCUGGGCAACUGCUGGCUGCUGUCGGCCCUGGCAGUGCUGGCGGAGCGGUCGGCGCUGGUGCGCAGCGUGGUGGUGCGCGCGGAGCCCGCGCGCGGCGCCUACCAGCUGCGUCUCUGCAAGGACGGCAGGUGGUUGACUGUCACCUUGGAUGAUCUGCUGCCGUGCAAUAGGAAGGGACACUUGGUCUACUCCCAGGCUAAAAGAAAACAGCUAUGGGUGCCUUUAAUAGAAAAGGCUGUCGCUAAACUACAUGGAUGUUACGAAGCCUUGGUAUCUGGAAGGGCUAUUGAAGGUCUGUGCACGCUAACGGGCGCGCCGUGCGAGUCGGUCUCGCUGCAGGCGGGCGGCGCGGGCGGCGGCGGCGGCGCGCCGCUCGAGCAGCUGGACAGGGACCUGGUGUGGGCGCAGCUGCUGUCCUCCAGGCAGGCCUGCUUCCUCAUGGGGGCCAGCUGCGGCGGGGGGAAUAUGAAGGUCGACGAAGAAGAAUACCAGCGCCUAGGCCUUCGCCCCCGCCACGCGUACUCGGUGCUGGACGUGAUAGAGGUGGCCGGCUACAGCCCUCCCCUGCGCCUGCUGCGGCUGCGCAACCCCUGGGGCCACUACACGUGGCGCGGCGCCUUCGCAGCCUCCUGCCCGCGCUGGACCGAAGCUCUGCGCAGGGCUCUGCCCCCCAGCAGCGCCGACAGAGACCAAGGGGUGUUCUGGAUCAGUUUUGAGGAUGUGCUCAAAUACUUCGACUGCAUAGACAUCUGCAAGGUGCGCGUGGGGUGGCACGAGGUGCGGCUGGCGGGCACGCUGCCGCCGCUGUCCUCCACGCGCCACCUCACCUGCCUGCUGCUCACCGCCACGCAGCCCACCGAGGUGGACUUCACCUUGUUCCAGGAGGGACAGAGAAAUUCGGCUAAGAGUCAAAGAUCACAGCUGGACUUAUGCGUGGUGGUGUUCAGAACCAAGUCGGGUCCUAGCGCUCAGGUUGGGAAACUGGUUGCUCAUAGUAAACGACAGGUUAGAGGGUUUGUGGGUUGUCACAAAAUGCUGGAGAAGGGGUUCUACCUGGUAGUGUGCCUCGCCUUCAACCACUGGCACACGGGGUUGGAACUGGCUGACAGCUCCGCCUGGCCUCGCCACGUGCUCGCCGCCCACUCCUCGAAACCCCUGGCGGUUGAGAGACCAUCUCUUCAUCCUCAUAUCCUGGCUGACGCGAUCAUAGGACUCACCCUGGCGAGGGGGCAACGGCACGAGGGGAGACAGGGAAUGACAGCUUAUUAUUUGACUAAGGGUUGGGCGGGUUUGGUGGUGAUGGUGGAGAACAGACACACGGACAAGUGGAUCCACGUGAAGUGCGACUGCCAGGAGAGCUACAACGUGGUGUCGACGCGCGGCGAGCUCAAGACUAUAGACUCGGUGCCGCCGCUGCACAGACAAGUGAUAAUAGUGCUGACCCAGCUGGAGGGCAGCGGCGGGUUCUCCAUCGCGCACCGCCUCACGCACCGGCUGGCGGCGGCCGCGCGCCUGCAGGACUGGGCGCCGCGCGACGACGCGCCGCGCCACCGCCCGCCGCUGGCGCGCCGCCUGGCCGGCCUGCACGCGCCGCGCCUUAUCACG